AUGGGACACCAUUGCUGCACAAAACAGAAAGUGAAGCGAGGUUUGUGGUCUCCCGAGGAGGACGAAAAGCUCGUCCACCACAUCACCACUUACGGCCAUGGCUGCUGGAGUUCCGUUCCUAAACUCGCAGGGCUCGAGAGGUGUGGGAAGAGUUGCAGGCUGAGGUGGAUAAACUAUCUAAGGCCAGACCUUAAGAGGGGCUCCUUCACGGAGGCUGAGGAGCGAACAAUAAUCGACGUGCACAGGAUAUUGGGUAAUCGAUGGGCUCAGAUAGCUAAGCACUUACCCGGAAGGACCGAUAAUGAGGUCAAGAAUUUCUGGAAUUCUUGCAUCAAGAAAAAGCUCCUUGCUCAGGGAUUGGAUCCUAACACUCACAACCUCCUAUCCACCACAAAAACUACUACAACUACUAAUACUUCUUCUUCUUCAUAUAGAAUUAAUAUCAUUAAAAGCAACAACAAUAAUAAUGCUACUAAUUAUAAACAGUACAUGACUUUCACAGUGGGUACUACAUCCUCAUCAUCAUCGAGCCGAUUGAUUAACAAUACUACUACUACUACUACUACUACUACUACUUCAUGCCAAGAGCCCUUUUUCGACACGCAAAUUCUGAACUACAACUCGUCUGCUAACUGGGCUUCGCCGGCCAUUGAAUUGCCGUUUGAUCAGAAGUUGCAGAAUAAUACACAACAGGCUUGUGAUGAUGAUCAACUGCUAAAUAUUAAUGACUACACAUUAUUCGAUGGGAGUGGUGUAGUAGAUUUCGAUCUCGAUCAGCUUGUGGAGUCGGGGAACAUAUCGAUUUGCACCGCAGAACAGCCGACCUUCUCCUACUCAUCAGCAAUUAUGCCCAAAGAGAUUCCGGGGUUUUACUAUGACCCAGAGAAGAAUAGGUACUUUCCUUGCAAAGGGCCCAUUCCAGGUUCUUCUUCUAAACCUCCGAUACCUCCUCCAUCAGACGACAGAAAGUAUUUCAUUUCAAAAUCUCAGGCUGAUGGCUUGUGUAAAAGAUUUAAAUUAAGACCGGAGCUGCUUCAAGCACGAGAGUUGUGUGGUGACGUAGUUUCUCUCGGAAAAAGGAAAUUAAACUUUCAAGCUGAAUAUCGGAAGAGACAUGUAUCACAGCCAGUGGUAUGGAAAUAUAGAGGAACAAAAAGGAUGGCGAACAUAUCGUUGGAACAUGGAGUUGCCGAUGUGAUAUUGCCAGAUGGCGUUGUGGAAAGUGAUAUAUUGUUGAGUGGUGGGAUGAUUGGCUUACUGUGUGUUUUCCAAGUUGGGAAGAAUCGACAAGAAUUUGGUCCUACCAGAAUCUACAAAGUAGAUACUGUAUGGCCUCACAAUUCAGAUCAGAUGCCCAGACAAAAAGAGUUGCUACGACAUCUUGGGGGUUAUCGUGGAUCAGGGCAACCUAUGUCAUCUGAUGUAUCUUGUGUGGUUGCAUCAAGGAAUAGUUCUCAGCAGACAGAUGAUACAAUGUCGAAACAUUUUGUGAUAACAACACUGGGCAGCGCUGAUACUCCUGGAUGUGUCUAUGUUCUAGACUUGAGCAAACCACUAGAUUUUUCCUCCCUUUCUCCUAUAGAUGGUGGAUUUAAUGAGAUUUCUCAAUUUAACCAGACAAUUUGGGCAGCUGACUGUGAGCCUAAAGGAACACAUGCUGCAGUUGGCAACAGGGGAGUUGCAUUGCUCAAUAUUGAAACUAAAGUAUCAUGGUCGCUUCGCUACAAAAGUGAUGUAUUGUCUGUGCAGUUUGAUCAGUCUGGGAAUUCCAUUCUUUGUGGGCUGAGAAAUGGAGAUAUUUUGACAGUUGAUACCCGGCAAAAACCAAUAAGGAUUGCAGGAAGCUCUCGGAAAGUGUCGAUGCCUUCAUCUGUUUGUUGUUUGGCAUCACUUAAGCUUUGGGAUCAGUACUUCUUGGCUAGUUCCAUGGAUGGGUCGAUUAAGCUGUAUGAUCAUCGCCUGAUGCAGAGAGGAGCCGUUCAAAGUUAUGAAGGCAAUGUGAAUUCUCAUACCCGCAUACGACUUGGAGUAGACCCAUCAGAGAAAGUUAUCAUGUCAGGUGGAGAGGACUGUGGCCUCCGUGUGUGGGAUAUAAAGUCGGGGGAGAUGCUCUUCAACGAGCAAUUUAUGGGUGCUGUUCCCUCAGCUGUGUGCUGGCCCAAAAGUCGAGGAGGAAAUGUAGGAAAAGACCAUAGUUUGGGUGCAUGGGUUGGAUCAUAUGAAGGCAUCUUCUACAUGGAUUGGCUCUGA